AUGCAAGGAUUCUUCUACUGUUACUGUGACAGAUCUCUUCCUGAAGGGGCUCUGAAAUGCAGCAAGCUUCACAAGUGUGACAGUGGCACCAGGGUCGGGGUCAAGAGAGUCCUGGGACAGCCCGAGGUCCCUCCCCGUCUGGACCUGCCGAGUUUUGUCAACCGCAGCUUGGUGCUGGGGAAGGUUCGCUGCUUUGGCUUUGACAUGGACUAUACCCUGGCUGCCUACAAGUCCCCAGUGUAUGAGGCACUGGCCUUUGAGUUACUGCUGGAGCGCCUGGUGUGCAUUGGGUACCCACACGAGAUGCCGCGUUACACCUACGACCCUUCCUUCCCCACCAGGGGGCUGGUGUUUGACGUGCUCUAUGGGAAACUGCUGAAGGUGGACACCCAGGGGAACGUGCUGCUGGGCACCCAUGGCUUCGCCUUCCUCUCGGAGGCAGAGAUCUGGAGCUUCUACCCCAGCAAGUUCAUUCAGAGGGACGACCUGCAGAGGUUCCACAUCCUCAACACACUCUUCAACCUGCCUGAAACCUACCUGUAUGCUUGCCUGGUGGACUCUUUCUCAGGCUGCUCCCGUGACACCAACUGUGACACUGGCUAUCAGCAUGGGAACGUCUUCAUGUCCUUCUGAAGCCUCUUCCCAGACGUGAAUGAUGCCAUGGAUAAUGUCCACCAGUCGGUGAGGGCUGGGACCCCAGGACCCCUGACUUGUCUGCCCUCAGCUCUGCUGGACUUGUACAAAUACGUGGAGAAGGAUGUGCGCAUCCCCACCCUGCUGGGCAAGACGAAGGAGGUUGGGCAAGUGUUUCUGGCCGCCAACAGCAGCUACAACUACACGGAUGCCAUCAUGACCUACCUGUUUGGAAUUGGUGAGACUGAGGCCUCCGACAGGCCCUGGAGGUCCUACUUAGACCUGAUUGUGGUAGACACACAGAAGCCCCGCUUCUUUGUUGAGGGAAUGGUGCUGAGACAGGUCAACACAGACUCGGGCAAGCUCCCCGUGGGCACCUACACGGGGCCCCACCACCACUGUGUGGUUUACUCUGGAGGCUCUUCAGAUGUGGUGUGCGAGCUGCUCAGGGUGCAGGGGAAGGAUGUCCUGUACAUCGAGGACCACAUCUUUGGGGACAUCCUCAAGUCUAAGAAGCGGCAGUGCUGGCGGACUUGCCUGGUGGUUCCUGAGCUGUCCCGGGAGCCGGGCAUCUGGGCCCAAGAGAAGGAGUGGAUGGAGGAGCUGAAGAGACUGGAUGUGCGCCUGGCAGAACUGUACCAGCACAUGGAUGGGAGCAGUUAUGGGCUGCAAGUCAUCAACUCCACCAAGAGGGAGAUUCAGAUGCCCCAUGAGUCAGUUGUGGAGCAAGAAUGAGCCAAACUCGAUCCCUUCUCCUGCCCCCGCUUCUACAGCCAGAGGGCUGAGGGCAAAGAGAGGGAUGAGGACCAGGAAAGCUGCACUGAGGUUGACUGA